AUGCCUACUGAGAACGCGGCGGAGCACCGCUUGCCCACAGACGUAGUUCCUUCCCACUACGACCUCACUGUAUGGACCGACCUCGAAAAUCUCAGGUUUGAAGGCAUCGUUCAUGCCACCCUCCUGGUCAAGAAAGAGACAUCGAGCAUUGUUCUCAACACCACCAAGCUGGAAAUCGGCGAUGUAUACAUCAGCACUCUCACCGACUCUGGGUUAGGAGACCGUCAGGUAGCCCAGAGCCGGUCCUUCGACGACAAACUGGAGCGGGGGAUCUUCACCUUUGCUUCCCCUUUCCCACAAGGUUCUAGAGUUCGCAUGACUCUUACUUUCAAGGACGAUCUUUCGGGCGACAUGCUCGGGUACUACCUCUCCAGAGGCGGUGCAGAUGGCAAGACGGUCUAUGCGCUCACGCAGUUCCAGCCUACCGCAGCACGCAGAUCGUUCCCUUGCUGGGACGAGCCGCUCCUCAAGGCGACGGUCUCGGCUACGCUCGUCUCCCGCGUGGGCACGGUCAAUCUGAACAACAUGCCCGCAGUGUCUGAGGCGCGGUUCCCAGAAGCCAACAUCACAGAGCCGUGGAUCGAGAAGAAGCUGAAGAGCCUCGCCGACCCGGAUGAAUGGAAAGUAACGAAGUUCGAGACGACGCCUCCGAUAUCUACUUAUAUCAUCGCGUAUGCGAACGGGCCAUUCGAUCACCUGGAAAGCUCUUACACCAGCCCGCUUACUGGAAAUACGCGUCCCCUCAGGUUCUAUGCUACCUCUGAUAACAUUGGGCAAGCGCAGUUCGGCCUAGACAUCACACGCACGGUUGUUCCUCUGUACGAGCAAAUGUUUGGAAUCGAAUACCCGCUGCCCAAGCUCGACACUUUAGUGGCCAGCGAUUUUGACAUGGGCGCCAUGGAGAACUGGGGGCUGAUCACAGGCAGAACCUCUGGGUAUCUUCGAGACCCCAAUUCGUCCGAUGUACGGUCAAAAGUGAGAGUCGCUGGGAUGCAGAGCCAUGAAAUAGCUCACAUGUGGUUUGGGAACAUCACUACCAUGGAAUGGUGGGAUAACUUGUACUUGAACGAAGGUUUCGCAACCUUCGGUCUUCCCGGAGUGGAAGCUCGACUCUGCCUUCUUGACGAGCAACUUCUUCCCAGCCGCGAACUCGACGCAAAGCUCUCAUCGCACCCUGUCGAGGUCGACUGUCCGGAUGCGAACAUGAUCAACCAGAUCUUUGAUCGCCUCUCCUACGCCAAGGCAGCUUCGAUUCUCAGGAUGUUAUGCAAACAUGUUGGAGAGGACUUGUUCAUCAAGGGAGUCUCGAUCUAUCUGAAGAAGCAUAUGUACGCCAACAGCGUAACAAGAGACCUCUGGGAGGGAAUUCAAGAGUCGACCAACAUCGACAUCCCGAAGAUGAUGGAUAACUGGGUCAAGAAGAUGGGCUACCCGGUAAUAACGGUCACUGAAGAGAACGGUGGCAUCCGUGUCCGACAGGACAGGUUCCUGGAGACGGGCCCUGCUAGCCCCGAGCACAAUGAUACCAUCUGGACCGUCCCGCUCAACCUCCUCACUGUUUCCGGCAAUAACGAAGUGGAGAUUGAGAGAAUGCUACUAGAGGGGCGCGAGAAGUAUAUCGCGUUGGAUACGAGCAAGGCUUUCAAGCUUAACGCAGACAUGACAGGCUUCUAUGUGACUGCAUACUCAGAAGGGCGCCUCACAAAGCUCGGGGAGCAGAUGGCUUCGAAGGCUUCUCCCUUCUCUCUAUCAGACAAGAUCGGGGUGGUUUGCGAUGCACUCGCUCUGGCAAAAGCUGGCUACUCGUCUCUCGGGGGCUCUCUGAGCGUCAUCGUCGGUCUCAGGAACGAGAAGGAGUACCUCAUCUGGAACGCCGUCUCGCUCAGCCUCUCAGAGAUCGUGUCUACAUGGUGGGAGCACCCGAAGAUUGUCGAGAAACUUGACGCCCUCCGCUUGGAACUUUUCGUACCGAUCGUUCGGGAGCUCGGGUUCGAUGGCUCCGAUGAAGACUCCUACGACGUGCGGCAGCUGCGCACCAUCGCCAUCGAGCAAGCUGCGGCCGCAGGUGAUCCCUCGGUCACGGCGGAGCUGAAGAAGCGCUUCGCUCACUUCCUCGAAACUGGCGACGACUCGCAGAUCUCGAGCGACCUCCUCGCCGUCACCUUCGCCACGGCCGUCAAAGAAGGUGGCCAGGCCGAGUGGGACGUCGUACGGAACAUCUGUGGCAAGGCGCGGACUCCGGCGCACGGCACUGCGGCGAUGCGCGCGCUGGGCGCGACGCAGGACAUGGCGCGCGCGACCGCGACGUUCGAGUACCUCAUGACUGAGGCGCGGAACCAGGACGUGAUCUACUACGUCUGGGGGCUGCUAAUAAACCGGCGCACCCGGCGGUUCCAGGCGGAGUCGUUCAAGGCGCACUACCCGGAGGCGAGUCAAAUUUGCUUCGAGAAGCGCUUCGCUGGGAACUUCCAGACGUUCAUCGGGCUGUUCGAGGCUGUCUUCGACGGGCUCUCGUCUGAAAGGGACUACGAAGAGACUGCGGCCUUCUUCAAGGACAAGGACACGGCGAAGUUCGAUAUGUCGCUCAAUCAAACACUGGACGCUAUCAGGUCUCGUGGCGCCUGGGUAGAGCGAUCAACGAAGGAGCUCGAAGCUUGGUUGGAACGGCAAUGA